UUAAAUAUCGAAUUUAAGCAGUAUUCGGCAAAUUGCCUCCGAACUGUCGACCCUGUGUUAAAUUCAAAGAUGAGGGUUAUCCUAGAAAAUCAACCUAUUAAAGUUAUCGACCCGUCGGAAUUGUUACGGCCAGAACCAGCUUUUGCCGAAAAGCCCGUAGGACAAUUCCGUGACUACUCCGUUGACGAAAAUGAUCCUAUCAAAGAAAGAGUCCGAAAAACCUACAAAGAAAUGCACACGUAUCAAACCGUGGAAUUCGUUCAAGAUAAAAUAAAAACUUGGACGAAGUUCAACCACUUCAAAUCCACAAUCAAAAAUGCCUUGAUCCGUCUUAACGACUUGGUAGACGAAAGUGAUCCCGAUGUCGAUCUUCCCAACAUAGUCCAUGCCUUCCAAACGGCUGAAAGAAUUCGAAAAGACUAUCCUGAUUUAGAUUGGUUCCAACUAACGGGUUUAAUCCACGAUUUGGGUAAAGUUAUGGCAUUCUACGGGGAACCCCAAUGGGCCGUUGUCGGAGAUACCUUUGUGGUAGGUUGUGACUGGAGCAAAGACAUUGUCUACCGGGACUCAUCUUUUGUCGAUAACGUGGAUGGAACAAAUCCCAAAUAUAAUACAAAAUAUGGAAUUUACAAACCAAACUGUGGAUUGGAAAAUUUGUUACUGUCGUGGGGCCAUGAUGAAUACUUGUAUAGAGUUUUAGUGCAUAAUAAAUCAACACUUCCAAAAGAGGGCUUAUGGAUGAUUCGAUUCCACAGUUUUUAUCCUUGGCAUACAAGUAACAAUUAUCAACACUUGACAACAAACCAAGAUGAGAAGGAAAUUAAAGACUGGGUUUUGAAAUUUAACCAAUAUGAUCUAUACACCAAGAGCACCGAAAUUCCAGAUAUUGAAGCUCUAUGGCCUUAUUACGAAAAAUUGAUCGAUAAAUACAUACCCGGAGUGCUAGAAUGGUAAAUCACACAUAUCACAUGUUAGCCACUAGAAAAAAAAACACUUUCAUUAUAAACAAUCCACAUGUAAAUACAAUGUAUUUCAACUAAAACAA